UUGGCAUAUUUUAAUUUGCAUAUUUCCUUCAUACAGGAAAUAAUUUAAUCGUUGUUAAUAAAUAAAUUAGCAGAUUAAAAAUUAAAUGCAUAAUGGACGAAAAAACUUAUGAUAUAAUAGACUGGAAGUCAUGCGAAAGUUUUUCCGUUUCUUCCAAAGAUGACGAGGGAUACAACAGUUAUCAUCUGCCGCGGUACAAUCCGUUUGUUAAAGAUGAAAUAGCUUCUACUACUGAUAUAGUUUUUCCUACUCUUUUUCAUGAUAAAGUUAGCGAAACAAGUAUUGUUACUAUUGACGAAAACGAAAUGAGUACACUGCACGCAUUAGAUCAGAUCGAGGCUAAUCCAGAUCAGCUUGAACAACAAAAUAUGUAUCAAAAAGUGGCAAACUGGAUGCACAAUCAGCGUAAAUAUUUUCGGCAUGUCGAAAGAGUGAUAGAAGACGACGAACUAGAAAUGAUAGAUCCUGUUGAUUUAUUUCACGAGUCUAUUCUUAAAGACUAUUGGCUCAUCACCGAAACAGAAUCUGAAAGAAGAAUUUUGUUGCGUGACUUUUAUUCUUAUCGACAUCAUAUCGAGUCCAUCGAACAAGGUUUGAUUACUAACGAAUUUAAGUUCAUUCGAGAACCUCCUGCAAAAAAAGAGAUGGAACUUGUUCCUAUUAAAGACUUUCAUUUAUUUCAUAAGUUAUCGAAAAGAAAAAAGAAAAAAAAACACGACGACGAUUCAUCUUCCUUGUCGUCUUACAUCGAAAAAACUGAAGAAAGCAUCGAUUUUCUUGGUGUUCCUCGGUUAUUAGAAAACUACGUUGUACUUAACCGAGAAGGUUACGCUAUUAAUGUAAACGAACAAAAAGACAUCUGGCAUUUUCCUUUAGACGAACAUAUUGUUGAAAAUAAAAAUGAUGAUGACGAUGAUAAAAAUUUUGAUAUCGAAUUUCUAUCUUCGUGGUUUUCGGAUGUCUAUCAAGAUAUACUUACUGACGAUCAGAGAACAACUUUUACAAUUAAUACUGACAUUUUUGAAAAAGUGACAGUUAUAUCAGUUAGUCAAGCUAGUGACGAAGAGAUAUGGGAAGAUGCUCCCGACAUUCCUCACUGGCUGGAUGACGAAAAUCAGGAUUUAGAAUUAUUUAAUCAACCAAGUAAACCUUUAUACUAUUACCGAGAUAGAAUUAAAGGGUGUUAUCGUAUCAUAGGUGUUGAAGAUGAAACGGUAAUUUUAUUUUCAGGAAAUGACGACGACACAAUAUUUUACCCUAGCGAAGAGUGGGGAGUUGAACAUUUACCCGAUAACGCAGUUGCGUUAAAACAAAACAUUUCACUCGAAUGUAACAUCACGUCACUUGUUGACUUGAAAAAUGACUCUGGGAUAGAAGAUGAUGAUGUUAUUACUGAUGAAUCUACUUUAUCUAAUGUCUCCAGUAAAACUGAUUUUGAUCCCAGUCUGACAAAUAAACAGAAUUUUAUAAAAGCAUUUUUUCAAAAAAAAUUUAAAUGGAUUAUUAUUUCAGUUGUUACACUGUUUGCUUUGUUUGGUUUUAUAAACGAAGUUAGUUUUAAAGUCCUACACAGUGAAUGUCAUUUCUUUAGUUGGUUAACAAAUACCACAUAAUAUGUAA